GUAUCUUCUUUAUCUUGUCUUAGUAAAUAAAUAUUUAAUUAGUGAUCGUGGAUAUACACGAAGUAACAGACGGAAGUAAAUCUUUAAAACUGUGUGACGCUUUUGAAGUAUUAAAAAAAGACCAAAUGUAUUAAUCGUAGACUAAAUAUAUCAGUGCAUUUAAAUAGAACGUAUGAUACUUGUAUGUAUUUCGAAAUAAAUGGGUCUGUACACAAAAGAAUGCGACAGUAUUGGAGAUGUGCCUCGCACACUCUGCAAUUGUUCCAGACACAUUCAAAGAAGAAGGUCACAACGAGCCAGGUUGCAAGAACGUGUUGUAUUUAAAUCAGGUGACUUGAACAUUGACAAUUCAGGUGAAAAAAAAUUUCGACUGUUCAAUGACAUAGUCAAAGUUUUUAUAGAGGCACGCUGGCGAUGGACGAUUCUAUACUGUGUUAUAGCUUGUGUAUUAACUUGGUUCGUGUUUGCUGCUAUCUGGUGGAUGAUUCUUUACCUUCAUGGUGAUCUGGAGAGCGAUCAUUUACCCCAUGCCUCAAAUUUAACAGAAUGGAAACCGUGCGUAAGAGAAAUUUAUAACUUUACGUCCAUAUUCUUAUUCAGCAUAGAAGUCCAAACGAGCAUAGGUUAUGGUUCAAGAGCAAUCACCCUGGAAUGCCCUGAAGCAAUGUUCACAAUGUGUAUAGAAAGCAUAACAGGAAAAAUAAUACAGUCACUUAUUAUUGGCAUAGUAUUUGCUAAGUUAACAAAACCAAAAAAUCGCGCGCAGACAUUGAUGUUUUCAAAAUACGCUAUCAUUAACCAAAGAGAUGGAAACCUCUGCAUGAUGUUCAGAGUAGGUAACACGAGAAAGUCUCGAAUCAUAGCUUCAAAUAUCAAUGCUUAUCUCAUAAAAUAUGUAGCUGAUGGCAUUGACCUACUAAAUUACGAUCAGAUAAAGUUAGACCUAAAAGUCGACGCAUCCGAUGACGUAUUGUUCAUAUUUCCCCUAACUGCCGUGCAUAAAAUAGACAAACGCAGUCCAUUCUUCAACGUUUCAGCUAAGGAAUUACUAAAAAGUAAUGUAGAAAUACUUGUAGUGUUUGAAGGAACAAUUGAGUCCACGGGCCAACCAGUUCAAACUAAAUCAAGUUACAUUAGCAAUGAAAUACUUUGGGGAAGGCGGUAUUUGGAGCCUUAUUAUUACAAAAAAAGUAAACAGGGAUUUGUGAUAGAUUUCUCAAAAUUUGACGAAACAUAUCGCGUCAAUACUCCAUUGUGCACUGCUAAGGAACUUUUUACUUAUUAUAAAAAUAGGUCAUUAAGAAGACUACAUUAAAAUAAAAGAGACGUAUUCCUACCUGUAAAUUUUAAAAAUUAACGAUCUGUUAGCAGCAUAGUGUUUAAGGUAUGGAUAUAAAAUCAAGUUAAUCUUGCGUAGUUCCAUUGAGUCUUAGUAAAUAAUUCUCUGAGCAGCCAUUUGUUGUUCCAAUGCAGUCUUAUUUAAAUUUUCCUUAAUAAAUUUUUACUCGAAUGAACAUCCUUUUCUAACUUUGAUAGUUUCGUUAGUUAGUAAUAGUAUAUUGUUCAAGAAUGAAAUUAAUAUUUGUUAUCAUACAAGUGUCACCCACCACUCACUGCUUAUUUUUUAAUUAAUGCAGUAACUGCUUAUUAAUUAUUUGUAAAAAACUGAUGUUUUCUGCGAUAAUAAUAGUCACGAAAGAUGUAUUUAUUUAUCAUUAAUCAUCACCAUUUUAUCGUGCGUUAACUUAAUUCCAUAGUAGUUUCGUAUACGGUCUACAUAAUAAAAUGAUUUAGAUAAUUGUUACUAGAAAUGUGUAUUGUUUUAGGAAAGCCCGGUGGAACUUUCCUAAAACUAUCUUUCCACUUUUUAUUAUUUCAAUAUGUACCUACGUCCAAUUAAUAAUAAUAUUUUAUCAAUGACCAUUCUUCCUUGUAUUAAUCAAGAGCCUAUAAACUAAACGGAUAAAGAACCACACAAAAGUGUAAAAUAUAGAUACCUAAAUCAAAAGAAUUUACUUUUUAAAGGAAUGUAUCAUUCACGACAUACUACAUGCAGCAUUAAACCCGAUGAAUCACUGCGAUUUCAGAUAAUUUAUGCAAAUUUUGAGAUUUGGCAUGUUCAGUUAUGAUGUCACUUAUCAAAUACGGUUGUUAGCCGUCAGCCGUAACUGCAAAGCUAAAUAUUGUCAUCAGUAAAAGUACAUGUAGACAUAACAUGGCACGUGGAAAAAGCUGCCAAGCUGUUUGAUGCUUGUUUUAAAUAUUGUAGAAUUGUUUGAUGAUUUGCUUUUUUUUAAAAGAGUACCGAGAGUUUUUUACGCCGGCUUUUUCUCUCGGCCAACACCUUCUGUCUUCUUUGCCGAUGAGUAGG